AUGAAAACAGAAGCAAGCGGCGCAAUCGUCAAGUUUUUCAACGAAAUAGACACCUCUGAUGCAGAGUCUAUCUGUCUUGCAAUAGCAUCAAAGCUUGAGUCUCUGGCCAUGACCUGCGAGAACAGAAACGAAAUGGCGUUUCCUGUGGACACAGUUAAGGAUAUGAUCGAGCUGUGCAACAAAUUGAAAGAAAGAACCCCGCAUCACAAGAUUCCUACAAAGUACAUCGAGCAUAUAAGAGAGAAUAAAGAGGCGCGUGGCUAUUUUAAUGCAUUGCAAGAUGCUCUGAAGAGCGAAGAAGCUCGCAUCAUCACAAAAAGAAAGAUGUUUGCUGCAUUCAGAGGCAUGAUGAAGGACAUGGAUGCUCUGUGA